AUGGACCAGAUACCAUCUACUUCGAAACCAACAUGUUCUCCAUCAUCAACGACUUUAUCAUCACAAAUUAUAGACCAGUCAACUCCACCUUCAUUUCCAAAAUAUAAAGAAGAACAUGUUUUACCACCUAGUAAAAAACGUUUUACUCCGGAGCAAAUAUGGACUUUACCAAAAGCAGAUUUUAUUAAACCAAAAAAUGUUGGAAGGCAAAAGGGAACGACUGCAGUACUCACUGACACUCCUGAGAAGACGCUAAUAAAACAACGUCUUGCUAAUAAAAAGACUCAAUUUAUCAAGAAGAGAGUCAUGGAGAAAGCGCCAUCUAAAAGCAAACGUGCAAAGAAACGAAGACCUAAAUAUAGUGAAUCCUCAUCAUCCGAAGAGGAAGACACAUUGUGCUUAGUUUGUUCGUGUUAG